UGUCCUUCAGGAUUAGACCAGAAGGUAGAUCACACACCAACAUGCAGGUCUAAAAUGAGAUUUUCUGCCUGAAAGCCUGUGUAUCUUCGCGAUCUGGACAUUUGUUUCCGUGAGCGAAACUUUCCGUCGUUCCACGCGGGGGAAAAAAAUGCGACUCGGAAACGAAGUGCAAUUCUUUUAAAUCCUUCUGAGAUCAGGACAGACAUCUGUUAGAAGAGGAGACAUGAAGGGCAUUGCGUAUCUCCUGCUGAAACUUGUGCUUUCGUCCACAUUGGGUUGCUUUACGCAUAUAAAAUGAAGCUUUGUGCACAAUUCCACAGGAGGUCCUGGGUAAUAGGCUGUACAUGUGAAUAUCACUGGUGUGUAGGAAGAAACACGUGACAUGACUUAGUGCUGAUUUCUAUCAAUUUAAUGCUGCUUUCUCUAAUUUUAACAAACAUCCCAGUGGAUAUCUACUAACUUUUACACUAUGGAGACGAGAAAGCUUUGAGUUUUCAGGUGUGCGUUUUUUUAUUUUCACCUCAUUUUUACUUCUAAAAUUUCAGACGACUUUUUUCACCUCCUGUCAUUCAUUCAUCAUAUCAGAGUAUCUUUCAGUGCAGUCUAGUUGAGCACAUCCCGGUGGUCCUUAUGGGAAUAAAACACUCCAGCCGCUGUUUGCUCCUCAGGAGGAAAAUGGCGGAACCGGACAGCCCUGAGCAGCAGCCCCUCAGCUCAGCACCAUCUCACUCAGUGCAACCUUCUCCUUUGCCUAAACCAGUGCCCUCAGUUAAUCAUACUGCACGGCCCACACACCCCUCACACAACCCACACACUCCUCAUGCAGCAUCCCUGUCCAACUGCCCAGGCAGAGGCAAGAUGGCUAAGUUUCUCAAUCCAGAAGAGAUGACCUCCAGAGACUACUACUUUGACUCCUAUGCUCACUUUGGCAUCCAUGAGGAAAUGCUGAAGGAUGAGGUCAGGACACUGACCUACAGGAACUCCAUGUACCACAACAAACAUGUCUUCAAGGACAAAAUUGUGCUCGAUGUAGGGAGUGGUACUGGCAUCCUGUCCAUGUUUGCUGCCAAGGCCGGUGCCAAGCAUGUGUAUGGGAUCGAAUGCUCAAGCAUAUCAGAGUACUCGGAGAAAAUCAUCAAAGCCAAUCAUCUGGACAGUGUUAUCACCAUCUUUAAAGGAAAGGUAGAAGAGACAGAGCUGCCAGUGGACAAGGUGGACAUCAUUAUUUCAGAGUGGAUGGGCUACUGCCUUUUCUAUGAGUCCAUGCUCAAUACUGUCAUCUAUGCCAGAGACAAGUGGCUGAAACCUGGUGGCCUGAUGUUUCCGGACCGAGCUGCUCUCUAUGUUGUGGCCAUCGAGGACAGGCAGUACAAGGACUUCAAGAUUCACUGGUGGGAAAAUGUCUAUGGCUUUGACAUGACCUGCAUCCGAAAUGUAGCAAUGAAAGAGCCACUGGUUGAUAUAGUGGACCCAAAGCAAGUGGUGACCAACGCGUGCCUCAUCAAAGAGGUGGAUAUCUACACCGUGCAGCCAGAGGACCUGUCCUUCACCUCGGCCGUCUGCCUGCAGAUCCAGAGGAACGACUAUAUCCAUGCACUUGUCACCUACUUUAAAAUCGAGUUCACAAAGUGUCACAAGAAGACCGGCUUCUCCACAGCACCAGAUUCUCCCUACACACAUUGGAAGCAGACCGUUUUUUACCUCGAGGAGUAUCUGACUGUAAAGAAGGGAGAAGAGAUUGUAGGCACCAUCACCAUGAGGCCCAAUGAAAGUAAUGCACGUGAUCUGGACUUCACGUUUGAGCUGGAUUUUAAAGGUCAGCUAUGUGAAGUUGACAUCUCUCAUGACUAUAAGAUGCGCUAAGCAUCCAGCAGAGGGCGAUAAAGUGCCCAUGUACCACCAUGGUGUCCAAGGAAGUGGCACUUCCCUACCCACAGUGCCAGAGACCAGGCACAGAGGCUGAGUGCGUAAUGCCCUAGGCCACGACUCUGCUCAUCUUUGAGAGAUGUGCUAAUAUUUCUGGAGCUGAGUGCCUCUCUGAGCAAUAGCAGCCUUGCCAUGGCCAAUAACAGCGUGCACUAGUCCAACAUUUCUAAGACUGUUCAACAAGGCAACUUUGAAUGUACUGCUAAUUAAGCUCAAGAAUGUUACAAUCCUCAUGAAUGUGAAGAGUCAGUUUACAGUUUCUUUUGGUAAAGAGUUCAUUUUGGUUCUAGUGAGAGUCUAAUGGCAAAGAGUUUAUUUUUUAGCUGUAUUUUAGGUUGUGGUGUAAAGUCAAGACAGUAUGUUAUACCAUUUUACUAUAAGCACUAAUCUACUGCACUAUAAUAAAGUAUUUUACAAGAAUUAGAUGUGCAAUCCAGCAGCACACAUUUAAGGGUUUAUUUUUUAUAGUAUUGUUCAAGAAAAUUGACUACAAUAGCUGUUGAAUGCAUUUAGGUGAAUUAGAAAUAAUUAUAGCACAUUGAUUUUUUCUUUCUGUUGUGUUUCUGCAAAAUGUAGUGAGUGUGAAAGCGUCUUGUUCCUCGGUGUCGGUAUUUGUGUUAUAAUGCAAAUAUAGUUACAUAUCCAGCUACAUCUACCAACAGAUCAGGGAAUGAUAGGAACAGAUAGAGGAUGAGAUGUGGGGUAAUGCAGGACUUUCAGUACAGCAGGAUGCAUGUGUGGGUGUAUGUGUGUAUUCACCUGUGCUCUUACUGAACUCAUCACCGAGGUACCUCCUGACCUUCUGUCCUGCUUCAAUCCAAAGAUAUUCUGUUUCAAAUUACAUGCUAAUUAACUGACAUUGAUUAUAUUCACGUUCACCAAAAAUCUGGUAUGGUAAAUAUAACGUCUUCAAACAUUCUGAUCUGAUUAAAGAGGGGAAAAAAGUCUUAAAUAAUGUUUAAAAAGAGUUAUAGAUGUAAGAAAGCAUAUGUUAAGAAAAAAAAAAAAACUGGAGUUUAGGAAUAUUUGAUAUAG